CAGAUGCGGGUGAAAUGUGAAUGGGAGUAAAAUAAAAGAAGAAAAAAAAUCAAAAGACAAGUGGAGUAUAAUAAGGAAAAUAAACGAGGUAAGGAAGUGAUAAGAAUGCCGAAUGCUAUGGCUGUGACAUCGAGUGCUGGGGCCAUGAGUAUACCACCGAGACGAUUGACACGAAGACAAAAAUGGCCACUACAUUUGGCCUUAUUUAUAAUAUACAUUUUCAUACAACUUGUGACUUCCUCAAAUCCUUCCACGUCAACGAUACCACCUGAUCAUCAAACUUAUACAACAACAGUAACGAGUAUUAGGAGUAGUACUACAUUGAAGAAAGAAGAAGUCACCACUCAGGCCACUUCAACGACUACUGAAGUGAAGAAGAAAUAUGAAACUACGGCCAGAAGUGACAGAAAAAAUGAGUCACCGACAACGAUGUCUUCAGCAAAAACAACAGAUUCCUCAGUUGUCUCACAUCAUCAUCCAACGUGGCGUCCUCCUCGCGAAAAUUGCACAGCUCCGGCAAUUGAGCAAUUUCCAAAGCCAUUUAUGGGUAAAUGGGGUAGAGAACACGGUGGGCUGAUAAUUCACAUUUUGGCCGCCAUUUAUACGUUUCUCGGUCUGGCUAUUGUUUGUGACGACUACUUCGUCGCAAGCCUGGACAGAAUUUGCGAGGAACUGAGACUGUCUCCAGACGUUGCUGGGGCAACCUUUAUGGCUGCUGGCUCCUCAGCUCCUGAAUUGGCUACAGUUAUUGUCGGUGUGUUCUUCGCUCAGGAUGAUAUCGGGGUGAGUGGAGUGAUCGGCAGUGCAGUAUUUAACAUAAUGUUCGUGAUAGCUGUCUGCGGUCUAUGCACAACAACAGUAUCAAAGUUAAAUUGGUGGCCCCUGUGUCGGGACUGUUUCUUCUAUUUUAUAUCGAUUCUAGUGAUGCUGGGAACAAUCUACAACAAAAUAAUAAGCUGGCCCGAGGCAUUGCUCAUGCUGAUUACUUACGUUAUUUAUUGCGUUGCACUAUCUUACAACGAGAGACUCGAGCGCUGGGCAAAGUCCUACAACAUUCCCUUCCUUCCUAAAGAUGAUGAACCCGCUGAGCAGAGUGCACUUGUCAGCUACAGAUCGUUACAGGAGGACAGGCAGUCCUAUACCGGGCCUAAUUCACCGGUUACUGAGCAAAUUAAGAGUCAAGAUGGAAUACCAGCACCUGGUGAGCAAUCUAAUUCUCAGCAGCCUCCUCCCCCACCCCCGGCAUCGCAACCGCAGUACUACAAAGCAAAAGAGGCAGACCCUAAUGAAAUAUCUCCACUGGAGAGACCGGUAGAUGCGAGUCAAUGGAGACUCUUUACCUGGCAUCUGGUGUAUCCAAUUCAUUACACUUGUCGUGCCACCAUGCCUGAUUGCCGCCAGCCUAAGUGGCGCAGUUGGUAUCCGUUCACCUUCUGUGUGUCCAUGGUGUGGAUCAGUUUCUACAGCUACAUUAUGGUUUGGAUGAUUACAAUUAUCGGCAGUACAUUUGGCAUUCCUGACACCGUGAUGGGCCUGACAUUUGUCGCUGCUGGUGUCAGCGUUCCAGACGCCCUGUCAUCACUGGCGGUGAUUAAAGAGGGUCUUGGAGACAUGGCAGUGAGCAACGCCGUCGGCAGCAAUGUUUUUGAUAUUCUCGUGUGUCUCGGGCUGCCCUGGUUCAUCCAAACAGCCAUGAUUCAACCUGGGUCUCAUGUCAAUGUCACCAGCAGAGGUUUAACGUACUCGACGGUGUCACUCCUAUCAACCGUAGUAUUCCUGGUAUUCGCGACUCACUUGAAUGGCUGGAAGCUCGAUCGAAGGUACGGUGCAGUGUUGAUGGCCUGGUACCUGAUUUUCAUUGUAUUUGCCACAAUGUACGAGCUCAAUGUAUUCGGCAAUUGGAACCAGCCAACGUGUCCGAGUAAUUAUUAAACCACCAUAAUUCAACGAGAUUAAUUCGUUAACGAAGAAUGAAAGUGAAUUUAAAAUUCAUGAGGGAGGAGGAACAGUGAAACUAAAGCGUUGUAAAUUAUUCAAUACAAACACGGAGAUUAUUACAAGAUUAAUUAAUACCAAAAUUAUAGAGACAAUAUUGUAUCAGUAUUACGUGCUGUCCUUGUUGCAAAGUAUGAAGACUAUGAAGGGACUAUGAAGGUAUUGAUCAUUACAUUCUGCAAAAUUAUUCAAUAGCAUGAUCUAGCGCGUUUGACUACUUUUAUAGAAAAAUUCUAUUUCGUUUUCUUGUGUCAAUUGAUGAUUAUUUCGCUACUUAAAUGAUUUUGUUGGAAUUAUUUCUGUCCAAAUUCUUUGGUAUGAAUUUUCCAUUCUUUCUUCUUAUCUUUGAUAAUGAAGAACUCACAGGAACAUCGAAAAAAGUGCACAAAAUUUAUGCCCAAGAGUUUCUAUAGAAAAAUUUAUAAAUUUUGUGACGAGUUUUUGUCAUAAAAUAUUUCUCCACAUGAUACGCUGCAUAAUCAUCUGUAUAAAUAAGGAAAAAAAAUAAAUAGAAUUUUUGAAGAAUUCAGAAUAGAAUUUCUCAUAAAACACUAGAUUUUUCAAUGAAAUAUUUGCACACGCGCGGCCAAUACAGAUAAUUGCCUAAUGAAAAUAAUGAGAAUCUGCAAAUUAGAUCAACGAUUGAUAGUCAUGAUAUCGUCCUCACGCAACCAAACACGCGUGUCCCUGAAUAAAAAACAUCGAAAAUACCCAAAAUUAAAUGAAUGGAAGCUCAAAAGUUCCAUCAAUCAUAAAGAAGAUAAUUAUUUUAUUAGUAUAUAUUUAUUUAGACUUUAAUUUACAAAUUAAAUCAUUCAAUUCACGUGAAUAUUAAGCCUAAAAGUGCUCGGAGGUGGUGAAAGAUUUAUAUGUUUAUAAAAUUACAUGAUGAGAUAAAGAAUAGUUGAAAUAAUGAUGAUAAAAUUUAGUAUCGAUAGCUGUUUCAAGACGGAUAACGGUGAUUGGACGAUUAUAUCGUUUAGUGAGUUGUAACGACGCAUAAUUGUAUAGCUUCCUCAUGCAUAGAUCUUCCGAGAUAAAUUUUAUUUGCUUUAUCGAGAUUUAAUAUAUUUAAUGAGUCAAGAGCAAUAGAUAUUAAGAGCGCGCUGGGUGAUUGCGUGAAAAUCGCUCAACAAUUUGUCGUGAGAUCAAAAUACAAUCCUCGUUAGCGUGGAAGAUUAAUAUCAAUGCGGAGGAGGGAAAUUAUUCAUUGACUUGGGAAAUAGAGAGAGAGAGAGAAAGAGAGGAUGCCUCGUUGAUUGGAGACACCCUUCACGCAAACGGGGUGAUAAAAAUAUCCAAGAAAGACAAUAAUUGAGCCUUAAUCCGAUGAAAGUAUCUACAACACUUCAGACUCUGCGCGGUCUAUGUUUCUCUGAAAUCAUUUAAUUUUUCGAGUGGAGGAACUUUGAUUUUU